UUGAGUUUGACACCCCUGACCUAUAGGGUCAAUAAUGACGUACAUUUCUGCUUCGUUUAAGGACAAAGAUGGCGACCGAGCAGUGCACCACGCCGCCUUUGGUGAUGAGGGCUCCGUCAUUGAGGUUCUGCAGAGAGGUGGCGCCGACUUGAACGCGAGGAACAAGCGGCGGCAGACUCCGCUACACAUAGCUGUCAAUAAGGGCCAUCUGCAGGUGGUUAAAACCCUGUUGGAUUUCGGAUGCCACCCCAGCCUUCAGGAUUCGGAGGGUGACACGCCCCUGCAUGACGCCAUUAGCAAGAAGAGAGACGACAUGUUGUCCGUUCUGCUGGAGGCCGGUGCAGACGUCACCAUCACCAACAAUAACGGCUUCAACGCCCUGCAUCACGCGGCGCUCCGGGGGAACCCCAGCGCCAUGCGAGUGCUCCUAUCCAAGCUGCCAAGGCCGUGGAUCGUGGACGAGAAGAAGGACGACGGCUACACGGCGCUGCAUCUCGCCGCCCUCAACAACCACGUGGAGGUGGCUGAACUCCUGGUACACCAGGGCAACGCCAGCCUAGACAUCCAGAAUGUGAACCAGCAGACGGCUCUGCAUCUUGCAGUGGAGCGUCAGCACACUCAGAUAGUUCGGCUGCUGGUGCGAGCGGAGGCCAAGCUGGACGUUCAGGACAAAGACGGGGACACGCCCCUCCACGAGGCGCUGCGUCACCACACGCUGUCCCAGCUGCGACAGCUCCAGGACAUGCAGGACGUCAGCAAAGUGGAGCCCUGGGAGCCCUCCAAGAACACAUUAAUUAUGGGCUUGGGCACUCAGGGGGCAGAGAAGAAGAGCGCAGCCUCCAUCGCCUGCUUCCUGGCAGCAAACGGAGCAGACUUGACCAUUCGCAACAAGAAAGGGCAAUCCCCCCUGGACCUCUGUCCCGACCCCAACCUGUGCAAGGCUCUGGCCAAGUGUCACAAAGAGAAGAGCAGUGGCCAAGUGGGCACCCGGAGUCCGUCACUAAACAGCAACAUGGAGUCUCUGGAGGAGUGUAUGGUGUGCUCCGACAUGAAGAGAGACACUCUGUUUGGGCCGUGCGGACACAUCGCCACCUGCUCGCUGUGCUCGCCUCGCGUCAAAAAGUGUCUCAUCUGCAAGGAGCAGGUCCAGUCCAGAACAAAGAUUGAGGAGUGUGUAGUGUGCUCCGACAAAAAGGCGGCGGUCUUGUUCCAGCCCUGCGGCCACAUGUGCGCUUGUGAGAACUGUGCUAGCCUCAUGAAGAAGUGCGUACAAUGCCGGGCUGUGGUGGAACGCCGCACCCCGUUCGUUCUGUGCUGUGGAGGGAAAGGUAUGGAGGAUGAUGCCGCUGAUGAUGAUAAUGAUGAUGAUGAUGACCUUACAGGGAACUCUAACAGUUUGGCAGGAGGAUCGCAGGAUCUUCUGCAGCCCAACAAUCUGGCACUAAGUUGGUCAAGUGGAAACAUCCCGGCCCUGCAGAGAGACAAAGACAACACGAACGUCAACGCUGAUGUCCAGAAGCUGCAGCAACAGCUUCAAGACAUCAAAGAACAGACCAUGUGUCCGGUGUGUCUGGACCGGCUCAAGAACAUGAUCUUCAUGUGCGGCCACGGCACCUGCCAGCUGUGCGGGGACCGCAUGAGCGAGUGCCCCAUCUGCCGGAAGGCCAUCGAGCGCCGCAUCCUCCUGUACUGAACCUCCUCCUCCUCUGGAAGCACCGACGACGCCUGCAAACACUUCAACCACACCAGCUGCUGCUGCCAUCCUCCACACAGAGCUCCCGCCAACGCGAGGCCAUGGACGUCCUGUUACCAGACCUGGUGUCCACCAGCUGUGUAGUUCUCGUUCCAGAGGAACCACGUUCAUCUCUCCUGUCUUUGUUUUUGCACCUUUUCUUCACUAAACCUGCUCUUCUCAUUUAGACUGACAGUAUCCAAAGAGGCGAAUCUCUGGAUUUACCUUUGAAAACGGCGGCCGAGUCGCCGCCUGGCUUAGUUCUCAAGCGCCUGCUGCAUCCCUCACCUUCUUAUUGUAUUUAUGCAACAUGUAUUCACACAGGAAGCUCCGGCGGUGGACUCAAAGACAGUAUGGAAAGUUCCACCGCGGCAGAAGACCAAAUCUUAGACGUAUUUUGCACUAGAGAAGCAUCGUCUGCACCGGGGAAAACCCAAUCAGCCGUCUGCCUGCAGGUAGCACGCCACACCCGCCGUCACCCAUUGAUGCAAACACCUCUGUAAAAAACAAGAAGUACCAGGCAGCAACCUGGUUCUGAAAUUGUGACGUCGUCUGCUGAAAAAUCACCGAUUUCAUUAUUAACCGUCGACGUUUGUGCCAUUUACUUCCAAAAGUAAAACGUUUCUGUGGGGAAAAGGUGCUCUGGAACGUCGUAUUACUGUUUUUAUUUAAGUGUUUCUCUCUUUUCUGCAACACCUAUCGAGCUAGAGUAAAAGUCUAUUAAUAAAAUAGAAUAAAUUAUUUUUUAUCGCAGCCCAAAUACUAGAGUUUAUAGGUAUCACUGCCUUCCUAUACGAUGUAGCCUCAAAACCUCUCAAACGUUCUCGAGUUAGCUCCGCCCUCCUGUAGAAGUUCUUUUGUGUUCAUGUGUGAAGCAGGAAGGAUGGAUCAGUGUUUAUAGCCGACAGGACGAACCCGCCGAAGGGUUCGCUUUGUGGAAACCACAAUCAGCUGUUUUUGUUUUUCUGUUCCUCACAAUAAAAGCGACGACACUUUAAGUUGGAAACACUAAUGUGCUUUAUGGUAGUGUUGUCUUGUUUUGGAAAAACAAACCUUCAUUUUCUCGUACCUGUACUGUUAGACUUGUAUCGGUAGCUUUUCUUUAGCAUGAAUGUUUUGACAUAUGCAGAAUGACUUGUAUCUUUGACAACUGUUGGGUCUGUAUUGCUAAUAAGUGCUUUUACAACAACCAUACAGCAGAAAUAAAGUCCUUCUAUGAACUGCA